AAGAGAAUUCUGGUAAAUUACCUGGGUUAUAAGAGCUUUGGUGGCACUGAAACCCAAGCUAACUUGGAAUCAGGAAAGCAGUGAUAAAGAAGUCUGUUAAUAUUGGGUAGCUCUAGGAGAUCAGACAUACAAAGUAAUUUGAAAAUGUCUGAGGAAGAAGAUUCUUUUUUAAAUGUCAGAAGAUCUAUGAACAAAACAGCAGUGAAACAUAGUACUCCAGUGGACUCGGUGUUCUCCCAUAGUAUGAUAUCUCUGGAUUUAACAAAUGAAUCUUUCAAAGAACAGGACACAAGCAAUAAAAUCUAUGGGUCUCCAAUGGCAAAACCAUUCCAAGAACAGCGAAUGCACCUUGAAAAGUGCAUCUCUCAAGCUAUGUUUCCAAGAAGGCUCUCCACAGUAUUGGACUCAGAGGAAUCAAAGGAAGAGAUGAGCCACAGCUCUUGGGUUAUAUUUCCUAGAAGGAGACUUUCAACAGUGUUGGCUUCAGAAGAAUCAAUUGAAGGGCCAAGUUAUGAGGCGAUCCUUCCCACUUCAGUUGCAGAAGAAGCUGAAGUCCCUGCUGAACCGCCCAAAAAGAAAGUGAGAGUAACUUCAAAACGUUCACAUACAGAGCUGGUUACUGGAAUACCAGGAAUAAAAGAUCCAACACUAAGAAAAAGAAGAAAAAAGAAAUUUGAAAAAGAACUUGUGAAAGAAACACGCAGGGCUUGGGAAUUACGUCAACUUAAAAACAUUGAAGAAGCAACUAGACAUAACCUGACGAUUGAAGAAGUUUGAGCUCAUUCACUGUGGAGUGAAUAGUGCCACAUGCUGUACAACUGGGAAAAAAAUGGUUGUAUUAAAAUACAGAUAUGGUUGCCAUGCCUAUUGUAAUUGUGUGAGUGGGGAGGGGAGGGAAGAAUGGCAUUGAAACAGUGUGCUUGGUAUUUUCAAGUACCAAAACAUCUUUCAUAAAUGGUGAUAUUGCCGUCUAGUCUGACAUAUUGUUCCCUCCUGCCCCCCCCCCCCCUUUGUGUCAGUGUCACUUCUUCAAUCCUUCUAGGACAGUCAGUGUAACAUAAAUAGCAUGCACGGUCCAUUAGGCUGCUUCUAGUAUAAUCCUUGUUAGUCAAAGAAGAAUCUCUUCAUCUAUAGAGUAAUCAUAGCUGAUGCAAUCUGGAAUGUUUUUGCUGUUCUGGGGAUAUGAGGAAAUAACACGAGGCACAAAGGAGGGAGGACAGUCCCUGGAGAUUACUAAUUAAUUACAGCUUGUUUUGAAUAGCUGACGCUAAAUGAACCUACUCUACCCUUUGAUAUUUUGCAAAUGCACAAUCCGCAUGGAAUGAAUGCAUCUAACUGUGCUGCCAUUUGCACCAAGCAGUUACAAGCUUGCCCAUGUUCUCCCUCUCUCACUCUCUCUGGAACUAAACUACUGUAUUCAGGGGAAAGAAAUUCUUUGGAGGCAGAUUUACUAAAACCCCUGCUUCAAUUUC